AUGUCCACUAAAGGGCUGAUGAGCUUUGUGGGCAGUCUGUUCAGGAUCGCCUUCGCCUUGAUAUGGUGUAGUUCACUCUACUAUGAUGUUACUUACCAGCCUCGGCUUGGUCAUAACUGGUAUAUCUACAAGCUUAUUAUGCUGACCAACCUUAACUUUGUGAUUUUGACAAUAUUUUCCGUCUUUUCUCUGUUGGAUGCAUUGCCUUUCACAAGCAGACGAAUCAAAGAUGGACUAGAUUUCACUUUUCACUGCACCAUAUUCCCAGUCGCAACGGUUACCUGCCUUUUGUUCUGGGGUCUUUAUGCUAUCAACCCAGAGUUGGUCAUGCCUGAAUGGGUGGCGAAGCUGAUUCCUGGAUGGCUGAACCACGUCACCCACACUCUACCCAUUUUCUACAUCAUGCUGGAGCUGCUUCUGUUCGCCAGAGAAUCUCCUACGCAUAAAAGUUCGGCGUCAAUGGCUCUUUUACAUAUCGUAAUCUAUUUCGUAAUAAUCUUCACCGUCCGAAUUGUUGAUGGCUAUUGGUUGUAUCCAUUACUAGAAUUGUUCACAAUGCAGCACUAUGCCGCUACUUUCAUCGGAUCUGUACUUGGAUACUACUUGUUGAUAAGGCUUUCAGUUGCUCUCUCAAAAUAUUUUACAGGAGCCAAGUCGAAAACGCACUCAACAAAACCAAAGAAAUACGCCUGA